AAUCUGGUUCUGGUAAACAAAUAAGAUCUUAUCCAAUAAAGAAAUAACUAAGCAAGUAAAUUUUAGCGUUCUAUUUUAAUAAACAUGGGUAAACGAUACCACUGUGAUUAUUGUGAUAAAACUAUAGUUGCAGCACCUUCUUCGAUAAAAACUCAUAACAGAGGAACUUCCCACCAGAAACUGGUCAAUGAACACUACCAACGAUAUAAAGAACCAGAGGUAAUUUUACAAGAAGAGCUCACAAAAAAGCCAUGUCUACGCUAUGCGGCUGGUCAAUGCCCUUUUGGGAGUAUUUGUAGAUUUUCACAUUACUCAAAUGAAGACAUAAGGGCUUUACAACAAUAUGUUUCUCAAAAGAAAUCUGAUCAAUUGGACACACAAUCAUUUGGGGACAUCUACAAGAAAAUAUCUACGAGACCAGCUCAAAAUGAAUCAUCAAAUUCAAAAGAAACUAUUGUAUAUGAUUCCAAUGGAGUUACCCAUGUUCUACCAUGGUCUUAUAACCCAUUAUAUGAUAAAUAUGGUAAAGACCUUCCGCCCAGCUUGAAGAGAUUGAAAAUUGAAGAUUUUAAUAGCAUAAAUAUAAGUAGUUGGGGAUAGAUUUUAACAGUGGCAUUCGCUAUACCUGAAUAUUUUAAGUAUCCAUGCUUCUUCGUACUCCCUAAAAAUAAUGAAGAUAUAUUAUCUCUAGAAGCUCCACCAAAAUAUCUUCAAGGUAACAAAGAUGUCCCAAUCCUAAGGACAUUGGACAAAUCUAUCAAGGCGCAAACGCCUCAUCCAAAUCUAUUGCAUACAAACAGAAUGAUUGAAAUUAUGAAUUUCAUGAAGGACCACGUGCAAUCAACGCUCUUUCUAUACGAAGAGAUGAAAAGGAUAUCAAGCACACAUCUCAUAAAGGACGAAUUGAGAGAAAUGGUUUCGUAUCUCGAAAGGUCCAAAAGUAGUCAGCUCAAAAAGAAAGUUCUAGACUUUUAUAACGACCAAAGAAUAUCGAUGACGAAAGGUAACACUAAGGACCCUUGGAGAUUCAAGAAGAAUGACCUGGUUAUAAAUUAUAUGAAAGAUCCGUUUAACUAUGGUGUGUUAACGUAAAAAUCACUUGUACCUUCUGAUAUCCUUACAUUUUAGAACAUAGUUCGUAGACGGUAGACCGAACCAAUGUUUAAACAAUAAACGAGAAUGCCUGUUAUUAUAUUU